AUGGAGCUUGAAAAAAGUGAUUGUAAAGGGAAGUCCUGCUGUCAGAAUUCCCUGCCAACGUAUCUUAAAGAAUACAGCACUGAAGUAAAAGGUUUGAAGGAGAAUGAAACGAAUCGUGAGUGCAGUUACGCCAUGGUUGUACAAGAUUAUUUUAGUCUUUAUUAUACUCGCAAAGGCUACUACUUUCCUAUCCAUGGUGAGAUGAAGGAUGUGGAUGUGGUCCCUGUGGUGCUUGAAUGGGAGAUUCCCAACAACUUAAACCUUAAACUUCCUCCAGAUGAUCUCUCCCGCUGUUUUGACACUAAUAUUACAUCUUCACGAUAUAAUCGUUCGGGUCAGAGAUGUUCCUGCACAUACGGUUACGGUUCCAAUCCCUAUGUUGAGGGAGGUUGUUCAGACUAUUAUCAAUCCAACGGGAGUCACAGGACAAUAUCCAUCAUAAAAG